UCUCUGCAUUUAGUCGUUCGCCCUCUUCUCUGCUUUUACUCCCUUGCCCUAUUCUCUGCAUUUAGGCCCUUGACUUCUCACUGUAUUUGAAGUUUUUUCUCCAAAUUUUCUGCCGUUUAAUCUUUUCUAUUGCCUGCAGUUUCUUUCAUUCUUUCAAUAUGGCUUCCUCAUCUUCCUCCUCUGUUACGCCUACCCAACUCAUUGAUCAAAUCCUAAACACAAAAGCAGAUAAGCCAGACUCCGAGGAUCUUAGACGAUUAGUCCAGCAAAUCGAUGAUCUUCUUGCUCGUUACGACGCUCAGCUGCAAAAGAAGAAUCCCAUCGGAGGGAAGUUGGCUGAUCUGCCGUCUGCUUCAGAGGCUUCUAGCUUUGGAGAGCAGGUGUCAACAAAUGUGAAACAAAUUGCCAAUGAGAUAAAAGAAUAUUCCGGAGACAAACAUCAAACAACCAUAGCAAUAUUGAAUGCUAUUGGAAAUGUUCAUUGGAUUGCGGUGGGUUUCUUAGUGGUGGGUGCAACUUUUGAAAUUGUAGACACCAUAAAGGCCAACAAGGAAGAGUGCUUAAGACUUUUUAAAUCUAUGAUUGAUUUGUCAAAAAUAAUCCUCCAGCUUCAAGUACUUUCUGGUUUACAAAAAGAGUUGCAUGAUAAAUUGAAUGAGUCCAUACAAUUAAUAGUGAAAGGAGCCAUCUUAUGUUGCUCCCAGAAGAAAAGGACAGGAUUUAAAAGGGUGUUUAAAGCUUCAAGGGAUAGACAAGAGCUUCAACAACUUUGGAGUGCUAUGGAUCGCAUGCGUGAGAUGCUUCAUAUACAAAUAAGCACCUCUAUUUAUCAAAGCAUGCAAAGCCCUCCUACCCUUAUUCCCACCCUUGAUAAUGAUGCAGCAGUUGGAAUAGAAGGAAAAAUAAAAGAAGUCAUUCAACUACUCAAUUGGCAGAGUAAUAAUGGAACAUCAGCAGUGGUUAUAUAUGGUAUUGGUGGGUCUGGAAAGACCACAUUAGGAGAUGCAGUUUUUUCUUCUUUGAAAGAUAAACUUCAAGGUUGGAAAUAUUCUAAAGUUACUCUAAUUCAAAAUCUAGAAAAAAAUCCUGAAGUAAGCAAAAUUCAAUCCUUGAUUUUGGAAGAUUUGACUGCCACUAAACAUGAUGUAAGGGACUUUCAAAGUGGACGCCAAAUAUUGAAAGACAUUAUAGAAAAAGAACCCGUUUUCUUAUAUGUUGACAAUGCUUUGUAUCUAGAACCAUUGAGAAAUCUUUUACCUAAGGAUUUUACAAAUGCAAAAAAAUUUCGAUUACUUUUAACAGCUAGAGAGACAAAUGUCUCAGGGGUAAUUGAUUCUUGUGGAAUUGAACCGUGUGAACUCUAUGAAGUGGGAUCUCUUCCUAUUGAUGCAGCCAUUCAAGUGUUAUGUAAACAAAUAGACAGAAAAAGAGACAAGGAGUCUGUAUUGCAGGACAGACCUCAGAUUAAGAAAAUAGCAGAGAAAUGCAAUUGUUGUCCUCUGUUUUUGGAGGUAAUAGGGGCUUAUCUUCAUCAACGCAAGAACAGAAUCGAAUCUUAUGAGAAAGUACUUCGUUGGCUAGAACCUGGAGAUGAGUUUGGUGGCACUAAGAAGUACAAUUUUGAUGAGUCAAGGGUUUUGUUUUCCUACAAUGAGCUUGAGCCAAGCGCUAAGGAAGCAUUCCUUGACAUAUGCUCAAUCUUUUCUAGUUGGCAUUGGCAUUGGCAAUGGGAUUCGGUUUGGGAUUGGGAGGAAGUUGCAUGCAUUGUUGGAGAGGAAGAAAUGGUAUGCCUAGAAGAAGGAGCUCUCAUCAAGAGAGAAAGUGAUAAGAUAAAGAUUCAUGAUCUUAUUCUAGCAGCUGGUCAUAAUAAAUCAAAAAACAAUCGAUUUAAAAAUAUUAAAGAUUUUUCUUUAGCUUUAAAAAAUAAAGAGCUUUUUUCGCAAGUAAAAGGAGUAUGCAUAGAAGGCAUAAAGAGUCCCUUACAUAUAUCAGCAGAAGAGUUGGAUGCCAUGAGCCGAUCUUUGCGAAUAUUUUAUUUGGGAUAUAGAGCAAUGAAUUUGACAAGUUUUAAAGGGAAGUGCAGCAAACAAUUUGAUGAGCUAAGAUGUCUUUGUGUGGAACGUGGGGUAUCCAAUUUGCCAAUGAAUAUAUUCAACCUCAAAAAUUUGAGAUACCUAUCAAUAAGUAAAUUGGAGGAGGAUAUCAUUUUGAGUCCAUCCAUGAAUCUUCCAAAUUUAAACGUGCUCAAAUUGAAUGGUAGCCGAAUAGAUGGAAUCUCCGAAAUUGUGCAUCUUCGUUCAUUGAAGCGGCUGGAGUUGGUUGAAUGCAAUGCUCAUGGAAUUUCGGAGUUUUUUCCAAAUUUAACUGAUCUGCAAAGGUUGACACUGUCCAAAUGUAGAGACCUAACAGAACUUCCCGAAUCUCUUGUCAGGCUCCGGUUUUUACAGAAGUUGGAUUUGAGUUUCUGUAUAAAUCUGAAGCAGUUGCCGGCUGGAUUUGGGGAGUUGACCAAUCUUACUAAGCUUAACCUGUCCGGUUGCCACAAACUAACAGAAUUGCCCGAAUCUCUUGUCAGGCUCCGGUCUUUACAGAAGUUGGAUUUGCGGUCUUGUGGAGAACUGAAGCAGUUGCCAGCUGGAUUUGGGGAGUUGGUCAACCUUACUGAGCUUGACCUGUCAUUUUGCUGGAGUUUGCAAGAGCUCCCGCGUGAUUUGGAAAAGCUUACCUCAUUACAUUCAUUGAAUGUAGAGUACUGUUCCAGUCUGCUUUGCCUCCCAGCUGAACUGGGAAACUCAAAAUCUUUAACUUUUUUACAAAUAAAUGGAUGUGAAAGUCUGACAUGUCUUCCCCAUGGCUUGAUGUCUGUGUGGAAAUCGGAAAUAAAUUUUGAAGACUGUUCAAGUUUAAUUGAAAUACCAGAAGAAAUUUGCAAACAGACAAUGCUCACAAAUAUUUCAUUAAGUCGGUGUACAAGAUUGAAGAUGCUUCCCAGCAGGUUGGGUGAGCUCACUUGCCUGGAGAACUUAGACUUAAAAGGAUGUGAAAGCUUACAGGAGCUGUGUAACGACUUUCAUUGCCUGGGAAGAUUAAAAUAUUUAACUUUGGACGGUUGCAAGAGCUUGUCAAGCCUGCCUCUUGAGUUUGGGAAACUUAGUUCUCUAGAAACCUUAGUUUUAUCAGAAUGUGAGAAACUGGAGGAAUUGUGCAGUGACUUCCAUUGCCUUGUAGCACUAAGAGAUCUAAAAAUGUCCAAGUGUGAUAGUUUACGGAAUCUUCCAGAUCGUUUUGGUGAGCUUGGCUGCUUGGAAAAGUUAGAUCUAUCAGGAUGCUCUAAUUUAGUAAAGCUUUCUGAUGAUUUCCAUCUUCUUCCAUCUUUAACAAGUCUGGACCUUUCCAAAUGUGAGAGUUUGGGUGGCGAAUGGAUGGAUAGUGUGGGGAAUGUCAAGAGCUUAUGGUGCCUCGACAUUGUAUGCAGUGAAAAACUAAUACUGCGGUGGAUGCAAAUGAAGAGCCAAAAAGAAAGGAACCUGGUGGUGGUAACAGACUUUCAGGGUAGAGAUAAAAAGGCUUUGUUGUUGGAAGCGAAGGCUUUGUUGUUGGAAGCGGUGUUGUCGAAGGUAUUUGAUGAGGAAGGGCUUCUGGUUGAUGAAGCUGAACGCCCCUUCCAUUCAUCCUCACUUCAACCACAAACUCAACUCAUCCUCAUCAUUGACGAGGAAUAUCACUAUAGCUGGAAGUGGGAAGCAUUGGGAAAGAGCCUGCAGCAGCUGCAAUGUAAUUCAAAAGAGUUGCAAAUCAUAUAUGUUGGGACCCAUUUUAAAACAAUACGCUCUGAAUCGGCCGUCAUCAGAUUCCUGGCUUAUACACCUGACAUAACCCGGACUUCCUCUUUCUGUCAUAAAUUAUUUGCUUUGUCUCGCACUUAUGGCGGCAUUGCAGUUUUUCGUAGCACUGAUCAGUUAGAAGGAAACAGCCUAAGGUGCUUGUCAGCGUGGGAAGACAUAUCGGAUGAAUUGGCCUUACUCGCAAACACUCCUAGAGAGAGCAAUGUUGAAUUGCUAAAAGAAUUGCUGGUAACUGAAGAAACAGAUUAUCUCUUGCUCAAUGGAAAUCAUGAGGUAAAGGUUUCCGCUCUACAAGGAAAAUUGAUAUUACUGCUGGUCACGUAUCUUGAUGAGACCCUGGAAGUACAUACCUCAGCAGCCGUGAAAGAAAUGUAUCUGAAGAUGCAAGAGAGCCAUGAUUAUACCGUUGAACUUGUUUGGGUUCCAAUUCCUAAUCAUAAAUUAUCAUGGGAGGAUUUUGAGAGAGCGGCUGCCAAUGCUCCGUGGCCAGUGGUACCAAAUCCAUGGUUGAUAGAGCAGCGAAGGUGGUCAUUUUUUGGGAAGGAGUCACUCAAUUUGCCAUUCGUUUGUGUGGUUGACCAGAAGGGAAGGAUUAUAAAGAAAGAUGCAAUGGCUAUGAUAGAAAGGUCGGGUGUGCAGGCGUAUCCAUUUUCUCCAGCUCGUGAAGAAGAACUGAGGAAGGCGGAGUGGGAGGGAUUCAAAGCCAAUUCUUUAUCCACUUUGCAAUUCGUCUUUCAAAAUCUGGAGCUUCUCUCAAACAAGGUAAAGGAGAUGGUGGAUCGUGGAGUAAUGAUGUUGUUCUGCGUGGGUUCACCUGAGAAGAUGAUGGAGCUCGCCCCUCGUUUGAAUUCUGCUUUCACAAUGUUGGAAAUGGACUUCCAGCUCUUUUAUGUUGCUCACAGCCAGAUCUGUGGAAAAGAUUAUGACGUGGCUUAUCAAAAGCUAAAAGAAAAUGAGUCAGAGAUGUGUGGCAUAACAACACUCACCAUGUCUGAUUUAUACAGAUUAUGGCGGCGUGUUAAGCAUUUACAAAACGAGUUAAUGAAUGGAAUGGGAACAGAUGAAAGGAUAGUGAAGGUGAGAAGAAUGGUAUUGGGUCUUGCUAGUGCAGAACAUGAGAGGUGGAUGAUGAGGAUAGUGUUGGUGGAUGGAAGAGGUGAGAUGGUAAGUGGGAGGGGAAUGGAAUUGGUAGAAGAACUAAUGUGUGAUGGUGAAGAAGAAAGCAAGGAAAAAUUGGUGGAGGAGAUAAAAAAGGGAGGAGUUGAGAAAAGUGUGGAGAGCAGAUGGAGAGAUGGAAUCAUCCAUCCCAAACAUCAUCCCCAACAUCCCCUCCUCAAACUAGAAGAUGGCAUCAAGUGCAGUUUAUGCGGUGGGGAUGGGACUUGGGAAUAUCAAUGCAAUGUAUGCGAAAAGUAUGUACUAUGUUGGUUGUGCAAGCUAGAGCAGUGAUGAGAGAUGAAGUAGUAUUGUGUAUAAAUGAAAGCGAUGACAUUUUUCAACUA